AUGUCGUUUGUCGUUGUCGUUGUCGUUGUCGGCCCUUCUCCUCGAGCCUCGCUUAGCGCGUCUGGACACCGCUGUUCGGCGCUUCAAGAUACUCACUCGGAUCCAACGCCGACACCAGACGACUAUGAAAGCAGCGCGACCCCAGACCUCCCAGCUCUGACCUCUAUCAAGAAACCCUCCCGCCCCAUGCGCUCGCUGGUGCUGGCAGCACUCAGCAGCGUCGAUCCUCUACAGCUGCGAAUUUUCGCGACAUACACUCGGUUCAGAGCCCUGGGAAAGGAAAAGGGGGGAGGGAUGAUAGUCUGGCCAAGAACAGGCUUGACACGAGGUAUUGUGAAGGCCUUGACCCAGCGCCGACACAACUCUCGUUUCUCGGUCGCACAUCUCCUGGAGGAUGGACCUGAAGAUGGCAGCAAAGUAGUAGUCGAUGGGUACAUACGCUCCGUACGAAAGCAGAAAGACCUCUCUUUCGCUCAUGUUGGUGAUGGGACGACAGUCAAAUUUAUACAAGCGGUCAUGAAGCCCGAGCAAGCCCUGAGCUUGAAUACUGGGGCGGCAGUGCGCUUCACGGGAUCCUGGACACCAUCCACAUACUGGAAGAGGAGCCAGAGCCAUGAACUUGUGGUAGAAGAAGUGCACAUUUUAGGCGAUGCCGAUCCGACCACCUACCCGCUGCAAAAAAAAUGGCAUACGCCCGAGUACUUGCGGACAAUGCCCCAUAUGCGGGCGCGGACUCAGGGCAAUUUCCAGCUGCUCCGCCUACGAUCAGAUGCCAUCGCGGCAGUCACCAGAAUGUUUAACGACACUGGAUUCAUCCAAACACACACCCCGAUCAUCACAUCGUCGGAUUGCGAAGGAGCCGGCGAGGUUUUUCAUGUUGGCAGUGAACAUAAAGGGAAGACGGGGAAAGACAACGAUGGGUCAUUUUUUAGGAGCCCCAAGUAUCUCACUGUUUCAAGCCAGCUUCACUUGGAGGCUCUUGCGCAAUCCGCUGGCAAAGUGUGGACAUUAUCACCUACAUUUCGAGCUGAAAAGAGUGACACAGCACGGCAUUUGAGCGAAUUCUACAUGCUGGAGGCGGAACUGAACUUUACAGAAAACAUGGAGGAUGUGAUGCGCGUCGCAGAGAACGUGUUCAGAUCCAUCACGGGUAGUCUAAACAGUGGGUCAAGGGCUGCCACUGAAAUGCUAGAGGGGGUCAAGAAUCAGAAGGCAAACAUACAAAACCCGCAGCCGACGGAAAAAGAACUGUUGCGACGGUGGCGUGGCGGCGAUUACAGCUUUCAUCGGAUCACCUAUACUGACGCGAUAAAGGUCCUUCGUGCACGUACAGGCCUACAGAAAUUUGAGCAUGAGCCCAAGUGGGGAUUGGGUCUACAAGCCGAACACGAACGCUAUAUUGCGCACACGAUAGGCGUAACAGAAGAAGCAGUGAGGCCAGUAUUUGUCACCCACUAUCCAAAGGCUAUCAAGCCUUUCUACAUGUUGCCAUCGAGUACCAGCGAAGAAGGCCAAGAGACCGUCGACUGCUUCGAUGUACUUGUCCCAGAAGCAUGCGAAAUCGCCGGUGGUUCCAUGCGCGAGUAUCGUCUUGAGCCACUCAUCAAGGCUAUGCAAGCCAACAAGAUGAUCCCCCCCGGUCGCAUCCCUACAGAUGAGGAACUCGGCGACCUGAAAUGGUAUGUCGAUCUGCGGCGCUGGGGUAGUGCACCACACGGAGGGUUUGGUCUCGGCUUUGAUCGACUGUUGGGGUAUCUGGGGAUGGUACCGAAUAUCAGGGAAGUUGUGUCAUUCCCUCGCUGGCUGGGACGAUGCGAAUGUUGA